AUGCGGCUCUUGGAACUCCAAGAGGAUGGCAGCCUCAGACUUAAGGAGCACCCUCAAGAGGACGUCCCGCCAUAUGAUAUCCUCUCGCACACCUGUGGAGCCGAUGACCAGGAGAUCACCUUUCAAGACGUUCAACAUCAUACAGGCCACCACAAGGUCGGGUAUAAAAAGCUCACGUUCUGCAGCCAGCAGGCUGCGCUGGAUGGCCUGAAAAACUUCUGGAUCGACACUUGCUGUAUAGACAAGUCUAACAGCCAGGAGCUUCAAGAAGCGAUCAACUCCAUGGUUCGCUGGUACAGAGACGCCGACCAUUGCUACGUCUACCUCAGCGACGUGGUCAACAAUGGCGGCAAGGACGAAGACAAAGCGUCACAACUUCCAUGGGAGACAGCCUUCAGAAGAAGCCGGUGGCUAACCCGCGGCUGGACGCUCCAGGAGCUGAUCGCCCCACGGUCGGUCAAAUUCUUCUCAGCAGAAGGAUACGUACUUGGCAACAAAACAACGUUAGAGGCACUGCUCCACGAAUGCACAGGGGUCCCUGUCGACGCGCUUCGAGGGAAACCUCUGGCUGACUUCAGCAUCAACGAGCGACUCUCUUGGGUGGGAGGGCGCAAGACGAAGCGUCCCGAAGACCUUGCGUAUUGCAUGCUUGGCAUCUUCGACGCGCAUAUGCCACUCAUCUACAGCGAGGGCGAGGAGAAGGCAUUCCUCAGACUGAGACGAGAGAUUGGUAAGGACACUGUUAGCGAAGCAGCCAAGCAAUGCAUUGCCGACUUGCGCGUGACCGAUCCUCGCCAUGACAAGAGGCGCAUCGAAAACAUGAAGGGCAGCCUACUCAGGGACUCCUACUUCUGGGUGCUCGACAACCCGGACUUCCGCCAGUGGCGUGACAAUAACGACCAGCGCCUACUCUGGGUCAAAGGCGAUCCAGGCAAGGGCAAGACCAUGCUACUCUGCGGAAUCAUCGACGAACUCGAGAGGAUGCGCACCGAAGGACAGAUUCUAUCCUACUUUUUCUUCCAGGCCACCGAUGGGCGUAUCAAUACCGCGGCGGCUGCAUUGCGCAGCCUGAUCUACAUGCUCCUCGAGAAGGACGCCUCCCUCGUUUCUCACAUGGAAAAGCAGCACGAGAAGGCCGGCAGAGACCUUUUUGAAGACACCAACGGCUGGCAGGCGCUAUGUGAAAUCUUCGAGAACAUCCUCCAGGAUGCCAAACUGCAGGGAGUUGUCCUUGUGGUCAACGCUCUGGACGAGUGUUUGCAAGGUCUGCCAGUGUUUCUCGACCUCGUGGUGUCCGAGCUUGCACGACGCAAGGGUUACCGCGACGACAUAGCCAAGGAAGUCCACCACUUUCUGUCGUCGAACGCGGACGGUACCUUUCUCUGGGUUGCCUUGAUCUGCCAAGAACUCGAGAAGACUCGCAAAGGGAACGCGUUACAGAAAGUCAAGUCUUUCCCUCCGGGCCUUGAUGCUCUAUAUCAACGAAUGAUGGAGCAAAUCCUCGCCUCAGAGGAUACCGAACGCUGUACGCAGAUUCUUGCACUCGUAGCAACAACCUAUCGCCCACCGUCGCUGUCCGAAUUGAUGGCUUUGGUCGGAGAGCUCGAUGACGUGGGAACCGAUCGCGAAUCGCUACAGGAGAUCAUCAGCCUAUGCGGCUCGUUCCUCACCAUUCGCGAAGACAAGGUGUACUGUGUCCACCAAUCGGGGAAGGACUUUUUGAUGAAGUCGCACGCGAGCGUUCUCUUUGCCAAAGGACAGCCAUCUAUUCACAGUCAGAUUCUCCAGAACUCAAUCGAGGCUAUGUCCCGCAUACUCAAGCGCGACAUCUACAAUCUGCACGACCCGGGCUUUCCUAUGGAGGACAUCAGCCCACCGGUGAUUGACCCACUGACGGAAGUCGGCUAUUGCUGCGUCUACUGGGUUAAUCAUUUAGUAGAGAGCAUUACGAAUCAGGAUGAAGGCAGCAGCACACGCGACCGCGGAAGAGUCAACAACUUCUUGCGGGACAAGACUCUCUACUGGAUUGAGGCGUUGAGUCUACUACGCAGCAUAUCAGAAGGUAUGAUCGCAUUGGAGAGAGUCAAACAGCACAUCCAGGACCAUCUGAACGCGUCAAGUCUCCAGGAAAUAGUUGUUGACGUGUACCGUCUUCUGCGAAGCUUCCGCCCAGCACUUGAGACCCAACCGCUGCAAUGUUACAUCUCGGCACUCGUCUUCAGUCCAGCUAAAAGUUUGGUUCGGAAGCUCUUCCGCGGCGAGACCCCGGAUUGGGUCCAGUGCAAACCGGAGCUCUCGGAGCAAUGGAGCGCAUGUGAGGCGACACUCGAGGGCCAUAUCGGCUGGGUCGCGUCGGCAGCCUUCUCCCCAGACGGCCGCCGCGUUGUCUCGGCAUCGCAGGAUGAGACAGUCAAGCUGUGGGAUGCGGCUACGGGCAUGUCUGAGGCGACAUACGAAGUUGAUGCCGAUGGCUCUAUCAUGUACGGAGAUUUUGCCGGUUGCUCUAUCUCAUUCGACAAGACUGACACGUACAUCUAUACCGGUGUUCAAGUCGUCCUUGUCGAGAGUGCCGUGAAAUACAUCUUGGAUCCAUAUCCAAACAUGUCCGUCACGGCCGGCCGCCAACGCUAUGGUAUCAGUUCGGAUGGUGCAUGGAUUUUGAGGGAUUCGCAGCCGGUCCUCUGGCUUCUUCCAGAGCUCCGAUCGCGAGUUGUUGGGUGGGCCACAGUGGAUGCAGACACGAAAUUGGUUAUUGCAUGCUCGACUGGCCGCAUUUUUAUCCUACAUUUCACCUCUAUCUAG